GUCUCCUACCAGCUUGUGACGCAACCCGGCUGUUCCAGUGAAUUUCUGUUUCCCCCACCGAAAGCUCUUCCCGUUGGUACGUCCACCUCCCCCCGAGCAUCCAUUCCUCUUAUCUACGAACAGGCGGCUAAGAUGGAUAUUGUAAAUCAGUUGGUUGCCACUGGGCAGUUCAGAAUUAUCAAAGUACCACUGGGCUUCAUCAAAGUCCUACAAUGGGUGUUUGCCAUUUUUGCUUUCUCAACGUGUGGGAGCUACGACGGGUCAUUCAGGAUGUCAGUUCAGUGCAAAAACAGGACUGAAAGUAACUUAAAAAUAGACGUGGAUUUUGAAUACCCGUUCAGGCUCCAUCAGGUAUACUUUGAUGCCCCAACCUGCAAAGGAGAGAAGUCUGAGAGGUUCUUCCUCGUAGGGGACUAUUCCUCCUCAGCCGAGUUCUUCGUCACUAUCGCCGUGUUUGCUUUCCUCUACUCCAUGGCAGCUCUCAGCAUCUACAUCUUUGCCUUUGAAAAGUACCGCGAGAACAACAAAGGGCCUCUGAUUGAUUUCGGGGUGACCUGCGUGUUUACCUUCAUGUGGCUAGUGAGCUCGGCUGCCUGGGCCAAGGGCCUGUCCGACGUUAAGACCGCCACGGACCCCGAGAAGGUUCUGGAAAUGGUCCCCGCCUGUGAGCUGGAAGGAAGCACCUGCCGCGAAGUCCACGAUCCGAAGAUGUCUGGCCUCAACACGUCCGUGGCUUUUGGCUUCCUGAACCUGAUCCUGUGGUUAGGAAACAUCUGGUUCGUGUUCAAGGAGACCGGCAUCGUUGCUCCCUUCAUGCGUGCUCCACCUGCCCAGGAGAAGCAGCCCGCCCCCGACACCUUCGGCCAGCAGGGCUACGGCCAGGAGGGCUACGCGCAGCAGGGCUACCAGCCCGACUACAGCCAGCAGGGUUACAAUCAGGGUGGCGAGUACGGCCAGGGAGGAGGAGGAGGAGGAGGCUACGAACAGCAGGGGGCGCCCACCUCCUUCUCCAACCAGAUGUGAGAGAGCCAAUAAGGACGCAGCCUCGUGGAGGAUG